ACUGGGUGUAAGCUGAUAAAAGUUAACUACAGAAACAGACUGAAGACAGACAGUGAUAAACUGACAGACAGAUAGGUACCUUUGUAGCUACUUCAAAGAUUAGAGGCAGACAGGCUGAGAGACAGACAGUGGACAGACACUGUAAGUCACCUUAAUGUAUAAUUGGUUACAGCAGGGGAUGUAAACAGAGAGAAAGGCAGACUGAGAGAAAGACAUCAGUUAGAUGAGUCAGUCUUCAACAAGACACUACACUGAGAACUGGACCAAAACUGGACUAAACCUCUAUCUGUCUCAUAUUGUACUGUAGGAAACAGGAUGUUGUCAAAAAAGGAGGAGCGGAGAUCAUUCAGCAACGGGCCGCUGAGAGACCAAUGGGAGAAGAGAGCUCAGAGCUUGGCAGAGCAGAACAAACAGGAGGCUGAAUGGAAGGAGAAUAGUGAGAAAAAAAUAUCUUACUCAAAGUGGAAUUAUCACUGGUCACUUGUUUCAAAGGGAGAAUUCAAGAAGGUCACCGGUGGCACAAAUGAAGAAGAAAAAAACAAGCCCAAAAUCAAAUUCAAAGUUGUCCCGCCUCCUCCCAAAACCAAACCUGAGCCUCCUCCACCGCCACCUCCCAAGAAAGAAGCUGCUCCCAAACCUCUUAGGCUGAAACGCAAAGUUGAGGUUGAUGUCUUCCGGAUUUGUUGGAGGGAGUCCUGGAUGAGCAUGAAGCCUCCAAAGUACCUUUACCUCAAGGCCAAAGAGUCAAGAGCCAGAAGCCGAGGAUUCACAACCAUAGAGCUGACUAACAACAGGAAGUACAAACCAAAGGAGUACGGAUCAGAGACUGAAUGGGUGUCUCCUGCUGUGAAAUGGCGUAAUUCCUGGAAACAGGUGAAGAGUCCAGCACAGUUGGAGUGCUCUGAAGAGAAAGAAUUCCAGUGGAAGAUUUUGUUUGAAAGGAAACAGUUUCGUAAAGCUGAGAUAGAAAAUUAUUCUCUUCCUGUCUGGGCUGGUACUUGGAAGUGGAUAAACUUUCCCUUCAGACAGCAGAAACAGAAGUGGGAUCGCACCUGGCCGGAUUACGAACUAAACCUCAGCGACAAGCUUGACAAAGUACAAGAACUAGAGGAGCAGGACGAGCCCUUGGACUGGGAGGACUCGUGGAAACUGUCCGGGGCAGAACUUGAGCAAAUAGACUCCACAGAUGAUGAUGAAAUAACUACAAGCUUCUUCAGCACUGAAACCACAGUGAUGAUGAGGAUAAACAACGUGUUCCUGCCUGGGUGGAGUGACUCAUGGCUGCUCUCUGCAGCUCCUCUGGAGGAAGCAGAAGAACUUUACAAGAACUGGAGCUCCUGCUGGGGAUAUAGGCAGCAAAUCAGGUGGUGUGAGGCUUCACUGGAGUCCCAUCAUCGACACGGCGCCAUGCUGACGAGGAGACGCAACACCUUGAACCGCCUUCUCACAGCCCAGCUAGAAGAUGAGAUCCCAGAUAGCACAGAGUGGACGGAGGCCUGGAGGACUCCUAAACAAUGGAUCCAACCAGAGGAGGUUGAACUGGACAAGACGCAGGAGGAGGGUGAAGUGGAGGAGAUGAUGGAUGACACAGAGGAGGAAGAAGAGGAAGACGAGGAGGAAGACGAAGAGGAGGAAGAGGAGAUGGAUGACAAAGAGGAGGAGGUGGAACAAGAGGACGAGGAUGAGGGAGUGGACAAUGAAGAGGAUGAAGGUGUAGAAGAGGAAGAAAUUAACAAGAUGGAUGAGGAGGUUGAAGAAGAUGAGGAGGAGGAAGAUGAAGGAGUUGAUGAGGAGGAAGAAGAGGACGAAGAGGUUGACAGCAAGGAGAAGGACAAAGAAGUAAACAAGGAUGAAGCGGUAAUAAAGAAGAAGGAGGAGGACAGAGAUUUGGAUAAGGAGAAGGAAAGCGAGGAAGAAGAAGAAGAAGAAGAAGAAGAAGAAGAAGAGGACGAGGAGGAUGACGAGGAGGAGGACGUAAAGGAGAAGAAUGAAAACAGUGAAGUGCAUAAAGAGGAGGGCAAAGAACAUGAGGAGGAGAGAGGCAAACAUAUACACAAGGAAGAGGAGGAGGACAAAAACAUAAACCAAAAUGGUGAGGAAGAUGAGGAGGAGGAGGAGGAGGAGGAGGAGGAGGAGGAGGAGGACAAAGAAGUAGAUGAGGAGGACACAGAAGCAAAACAAAAAGACAAGAACGAUGAAGUAGAUAACGAGGAGGAAGAAAAAGACAAGAAUAAGGACAAAAAUGUAGAGGAGGAGGAGGAGGAAGAUAAACAAAGUGAGGAGGAAGAGGAGGAGGAGGAGAAUAAAGAAGUACAUGAGGAAACGGACAAAAUAGCAAACAAAAAGUACCAGGAAGUUGUUGUAGACAAGGAACAGGAAGACAAAAAAGUUGAGGAGGAGGAGGAAGAGGACGAGGAUGAGGAGUAUGUGGAAGUACAGGAGGAGGAGGAGGAGGAGGAGGAGGAAGAGGACGAGAAUGAGGAAUAUUUGGAAGUACAGGAGGAGGAGGAAGAGGAUGAGGAUGAGGAGUAUGAGGACACACAGGAGGAGGAGGAGGAGGACAAAAUAGCAAACAAGAAGGACUGGCAAGAUAAAGUGGACAAGGAGAAGGAGGACAAAGAAAAAGACGAGAACAACGACAAAAAUGUAGAGGAAGACGAGGAGGAAGAGGAUGAAGACGAAGAGAAAGAGUUUGACAUAGAAUGGGCAGAGAAAAAAGAGGAGGAAGAAAAAGCAGGCAAGAAAGGGGACAAAGUAGACAAGGAGGUGAAAAGUAAAGAAGUAGAUGAAGAGGAGGAUAGUGUAGAAGAAGAAGAGGAUGAUGAAGAUGAAGCAGAUGAAGACCACAAAAGAGAAGAAGACACUGAGGAAGAUAAAGAAGCAGAUGCGGAGGAUAAAAAGGAAAAAGAAGUGGAUAAUGAGGAGGAGGAGGACGAAGACGACGACGACGAUGACGAAGGAGUAGAUGAGGAGGACAAGGAUGACAAAGCAAAGGAGGACCAAAAAGAUGAAACGAACAAAGUGGACAAUGAGGAGGACGAAGAUGUAGAUGAGGACCAGGAUGAAGUUGUAGACAAGGAGGAAGAUGAUGACAAAGCAAAGGAGGAGGACAAAAAGGAUGAAAAGGACAGAGGGGACAAUGAGGAGGAAGAGGAUGAAGAAAUAGACGAGGAGGAGGAGGACGAAGAAGCAGACGAGGAGGACGAGGAUGACAAAGCAAAGGAGGACAAAAAAGAUGAAAAGGACAAAGAAGUGGUCAAUGAGGAGGAUGAAGAAGCAGACGAGGAGGACGAGGAUGAAGACGAGGAGGACGAAGAUGAAGAUGUAGAGGAGGAGGAGGAUACUGACAAAGAAGACGCUCAAGUAGAGGAGAUGGCAGCAAAAACGGAGGAUGACCACGAAAAAGUAAACGAGAAAGACGAGGACAACACAGUAGUAAAGAAAAAGAAACGAAUCAAACCUGACGUCCCACUCCAUCUACAGUUCCACAAAAUCAACGCCUCCUUCUCCUCCUGGAAGCAGUCGUGGAUGGUGGCGGUGGCUCACAGAGGAGGAGAUGAAUGUGAGGAAGAUGAGGAGGAGGGGGAGGAAGAGGAGGAGUGGCGAGCAUGGAAACAGUCGUGGAGGAUAUGUCGAUGGAAGAAGGCGGAUGAGGACGAGGUGGCGUGUUUCUCCACCAAGAACCGGAGUCAGAGGUACAUGGGACUGAUGCAUGAAGAACAAGGUAUGCCGAAGAGUGAAUGGACUCUGAGCUGGAAGAUGACCAAGACUGCAGCAAAGGGUGUAGGCACUGAAGAAGAAGAAGAAGAAGAGGAAGAGGAGGAGGAGGAAGAAGAAGAAGAAGAGGAAAGUUGAAGUUUUCUAAAAGCUAAAGGUUAUGAGUUGUGAAGUACAUUGACAUUUUAGAAAUAACGGCGCCUAGAGAAGUUAGAGGGUCUGGGUCGACUUGGUACUCACUGUGUCCGUAGAACCAUUAACUGGCAUCGACUGGUCUUACACUUUGAGCAGAUGGGUCCUGAUUUCUGUCCAAAUUUAGCUUAUUUAUGAUUGGAUGACGUGCUUGUAUGUCUACCUGUGUUUAGAUCAACGACAGGUUACUUGAAAAUCAUUACAUAUUACCUAAGGUAAAAAAGUAAUUUACUUUAAUCAUUUUACUUUACUCAUUACUCAAGAGAACCACAUUGUAGUUUAACAAGCAGUCACCUACAAUUUUACUGACCAUCCAGCAGCUAGCUUAACCCCAGUGACUGCAAAUGGCUAUGGUGCGUGCAUAAUGUGUGAUACACCCUCCUGGUUUGGUGGUCGCCAUGCUAGCAGCUAGGUCCUGGACUGAUAUCCUCCAUCUAAUUCCUGGUAAGACAGUGACAAAGCUCAAAUGUCAAAGCACCAGAGCGUUACUGAGAUUAGUAAUGGUAAUUUCAAAUUGUAAUGCCUUACAUUAUGUCUGGUCACAGUUAAGAAACUUCCUGUUGCAACUUUGUCUCACCAUACUUAGCAAAGUUGUACAGUUUCCCUUUUUGUUCUUUUGUAAAAUGUAAAGAAGGAACUAUUUCUUAAAGCACUGAGUGGUUUUUCAUAUAGAAAGCAAGGUAUCAUACCACCACUAACAAUACCUAGCCCUAAAAAUCGUCUUAGUCAUCUCCUCUCACUGAAGAUCAUAACGCCAUUCACUACCAAACAAGGACACCUCACUUUUGCGGGCAGUUUCUUUGUGUUCUUACAACUUAAACCUUUUUAACACUUAACACUCCUAUUGCCCUGUUGAAAACACAACCUCGAGUUCCAUUUGAGGCAGUAACACUUAUAAGUUGAAUGAAACUGUUUAAAGUGUAAAAUAUUAUUAUAAUAUAUAUAUAUAUAUGAUUAAUAAUAACUAUCACACAAGGAGGUGUACUCAUAGAAAAGGUAAUAUUGUCUCUUUGUGGGCUAGUCUGUUCUGUCUCUUUUACCAUUGUAGCUGAUUCCCCUGACCUCAAAAAAUGCUAACGUUAACUAACUAUCCUCUAUUGCUAUAAAAAUUCAACAUGAUUCAAUGUCCAUUUGAAUGAAGGGAUUCACUGGGUUGGCUGACUGGGAAGAAAUGAUUAAAUAACACUGUUCAAGUGAAGCUGAUAUCAGAAAAUUUCCCAAAAAACCACAAAGGACGCAUUGUGAGACUGAUGUGUGACGGCUUAAUGAAUCCAAACAACAGACCACCGAAAAGCUGCACAAUUUAGCAAACAAAUUUCUACCCAUCAACCAAACAGUGAGCAUGUUGUCACACAUUCUUGAACUCAUGAGUUAGUGACAGUCUGGGAAUAUAACGCACUUUAAGAGAGAGGAGGAAUUUGUUCAAAUGUAUAGAAAUAUGAAGAAAUGUCACGUUCAGUGGUGUAGAUGUGUAAGAUGAUGCAGAGCUCAGUCUUAACAGUGUACAGUACAGUGCUGUGUAUCUUUACUGCAUUGUUGUAAAGAUAAUGUAUAAAUUCAAACUGCAUUUAUUAAAGUUAUGAACCAUA